UCUACAUUGAACUACACCUUUUUUUACCCUUCCUUCAAUCCCUCUAUCUCAUUCCAGUACGAAUUCGUCGCGGCAUGGACCUGUGAUAUAAUUCCAUUUCAAAGUCUGCUUGGAACAAUUCGAACCAUGCCCAAAGUCAUCAGCUUCACACCUCCCUGGCUUUCGCGCCCUUCACCCGGCGCCUCGAUUUUCUUGAAUGCAGGCACCAAACACCCCGAGACCUCCCUCACAACCAAAAAUCAGCAGUAUGCGGGGCCUAAGCGCAUUCAGGCGAAGAGAGGGAACGAGCUGUUCACAGUGGUGAAUAACCAGAUUCGUUGGUCGGACCUCACCCGAGUUAAGGACGAAUGGCAGCAUCAGACACGACGUAAGAAUGGCAGCUCGGACACCCAACCAGAGAGCGAGAAGAGUGUGCAUUACAAGAUUCUGUUGACACCGGUCCACGAAAAUAUUCGCCAACUUAUACCAUCCCCAAACGGCGCUUUCCUGGCUAUUGUGGCCGACCAUACAGUCUUCAUUGCAGUUCUUCCAGACCCGUCGCACCUGGCCGGUACCGACACUUCGCCCAUUCGCAUCAAAACCUACCAGCUCGGACCGACCACGCACGUCAUUCCUGAGUCUCCUGUUGUUUCCGCACUAUGGCACCCACUGGGGCUUCACAGUAACUUGGCUGGCUGUCUGGUGACGGUUACUGAGGACGCUGCGGUUAGAGUGUGGGAGAUUGACCGUAACAACCACUGGUCAUUCGAUCGACCGACAUUGGCGGUGGACUUGAGGAAAUUGAUUGAUGGAACCUCAUGCGACCAGGAUUACGCACCCUCUGGCUUCGGAAGGAAUAAGGGGUUCUCGGCAGACUACAUCGAUAUGGAAGUAGCUUCUGCUGCCUUUGGCGGGACCGGCACUGCUAAAGAGGAUGCCUGGGCCCCCAUGACCCUUUGGGUUGCGAUGCGGCCCGGCGACCUAUACGCUCUGUGCCCUUUGCUCCCCACUAAGUGGAGAGCGCCUUUAACAACUGUUCCAGCGCUCUCUACAGCUAUUCUUCCAAAGCUUGCGAGCUUGCAAGAGGAUCCUGCGGAAUAUGAGGAUGAACUCGCGGCGUGCCGCCAACAAUUUGACUGGCUCACAGAAAUCGAUAACCAGGAGCCACUGCUCACCAAUGUGGAUGCUGACUAUGAAGUCCGGACACGCCCCGCAGCCCCCAGCGCCAUCCCAAAGAUGCAGGGUCCCUUCCGUUUUGAUACUGGUGAUGAGAUUGACGACCUUGAUCUUUGCGAUAUCCUUGUCGUCGCGGCCAGGGCUGACCUCGAUGCUCUCAUGGUGGGUGAGGAGGUCGACCUGGUGGAAGCCGAAGGGAAGGAUAGGUUGUCGGCCACCGUAAUCUGCUUAUCAAGUGGAAGUGGCAGAAUUUACGUUUGCCUGGAGCUUGACGGGGUUGAAGGGCAGUGGCUUCCCAAGGGCAGACAGAAUGUUUUCCGCACGCCGGUAUCUGAUCCAUGUGAUCUACUUCUGGUGGAGUCGUUGGAUACUGUGAAGACGCAGGCGGACCACUGGCCGACAUUCACGAAGGAUGUUUAUUCCCGCUACAACUUCUUUGUCACCACGGCGACCAAUGUGACGUUCUUCUCACUUAGUUCCUGGGUGCAGAGAUUAGAUGCCGAGUUGCAGUCGGAAGACGCUACUGGAAGUGCCUUCCGCCUGCAAGUCCUCUGCGAAGGCACCGCGUCUCUGCGAGAGCAGCUCAUCGAGGUCGACGAUAAUGUUGGGGAGGACAAGGACCACACCGCCCAUUUGCCAGCUUCUUUGGUUUACUACGACUACGACUUGGGAUAUCUCCUUCUGACAUCCCGUGGCUCGGUUCCAUAUGCAGCAAUUCUGGAUGCCCCGGAGGUCCCCUUGCCUUCGAUCGGCGAGUUGCAGAUUUUCGACUCGCAAAGCCAAGGACCUCGUUCGCCUGUGUUGCCCCCUCGCCGCCCUCCCUAUCAAGUGCCACCCAUCUUCUACUCGGAAUCACCCUUAGAUUCUUUUGUAGACAAACAUGUUCCGCAUCGCCAGCGGCAAGCACUCAAGGAACAAGUCCGCCUAUCGCCUGCAACCCUUGAUCUGGUUGCUGCAGCCCAUCGAAGCCUGUCUGCGCAUACAAACGCGCUGGAGAGGGCUGCUUCUGAUUUGUUUCGCCGGUGCGAACGUUUGCAGGGUGAAAUGCGCGACCAACUCAAGCAAUUGGCUGAUGUCGCGGAUCGGGUCAGGGGUGUUUCCAGUGAGCUUGGUGAGGACGGCAAGCGGAUCGAGGGCUCUCGGAAUGCGGAGGCCUUGGAUAAGAGACUCCAGGCCGCGAAGGAUCGACAGGCCGAACUUGUGCAAAGAUAUGAGGCGCUCCGGAGUAAGGUAAUGAAGUCGGGUGGACGACCCCUGAGCGACAAAGAAAAGGCAUGGUUCCAGGAGGUGGAACGACUUUGUGAGUCGUUCGGUGACUCAGCACGGGACUCGCAACCGGGCCAGGAAAGCCGCCAAGCUAUUGCUCAACGCCUCGAAACUGCCAAGGACAUUGCACGCGACAUGCUUGCCGAAGCGAAGUCGGUUGCUGCUAGGCUGCCUGCUCUCGACACCAGCAGUCCAGCUUCAGCGCAGCCGACGAUUCCCUACCGACUUCAGCGAACGAAGGUUGGGGAGGCGAUGAGAAUGGUGGAACGAGAGUCCGCGAUUAUCGAAUCGAUCACCUCUCGGCUCGACCGGCUCAACACCACCAUCUGACCUUACGUGUUUGAUGUUUAGAUGAACCUCUUGAGUGACUAGUUAUGUUGUAUAUUUAUUUCGCAACAUUCACGGAUCUCUUGAUUGUUGCAAAAGACUUCCUUUUUUUUUCUAUUCAUUCUACAAGUACGGGGCUGUUUCACACGCCGCACAACCGUAGCGAGAUUGGACUUACCUCAAUCAAGCACGACAAUUGACCGGGCUUGAAUCGUACUAAUUGUACGGGGACGGGCCAUGCCCAAGAUGGCUUCCCGCAAUCUCUC